AUGAUAGCUUUUAGACGUGCUACGCAAUCUAUCGCUAAGCGUGCCUACUCAUCCUGUGCUCCCAGUGCCACCAGGUUCAGCAUCAAUGGAGACAGAUUAUGGAAUGACAUUCAUGAAACGGCAAAAUGGAGUGCCCCAUCCCCGGGAGGUGUUACUCGUCUCUGUGCAGAUGAAAACGACAAGAAGGUCCGAGAUUGGUUUCGAGAACAGGUUCUUGCUCUGGGAGCAAGCUAUAAGGUAAAUGCCACAGGAACUCAAUUCGCUCAUUUCGAAGGAGAGGAUAACUCAAUCCCACCAAUUGCUAUGGGAAGUCACUUGGAUACCGUAGCAACUGGAGGAAGGUUUGAUGGACCGCUUGGGGUCAUUGGCGGUCUUGAAGUCUUGCGAAGCAUGAGAGAACAAAAUGUGAAAACAAACGCUCCACUAGUCCUCAUAAAUUGGACAAACGAAGAAGGUGCUCGAUUUUUUCCACUACUUGGCUCGUCUGCUGUGUACGCUGGGCAGUCUAGUGUCGAACAAGCACACGCAUCAAUUUCAACUGAUAACUCUGCUCUCACCCUGGGUAGCGAACUAGCAAAAAUUGGAUACGUCGGUGAUGGGCCUAAUUACUUUGACGAUUAUCCUAUCUCUGCUCACUUUGAGAUCCACGUGGAGCAGCAUACCGAUCUUGAAAAAGCAAAUAAGCCCGUGGGCUGGGUGGAAGGAUGGCAAGGUAUGACUUGGUACAAUGUUGUCUUUCAUGGCGACGAUGGUCACGCCAAUACCAAGCCGAUGUGGGGUCGUAGAGAUACUCUCGCUGCAUCCGCAAAGUUGAUUACUGAGCUCGAAAACCUUGCCUAUGAGAAGCAUGGAUAUACAACCACGACUGGAAUCCAUAGCCAUCCUUUCGGAAGUUGCAACAUUCAAUCGAAAACGAAAGUUGUUUUCUGUUUGAUGCAUAAAGAAACGGAAGGCCUAGAAGAGAUGGGGGAAGAGAUUGUCAAAAGAAUCAAGAGUAUUGCAGAAAUGCGAGGCUUGGAGUAUGAUCUUAAUCGGGACAUACAUCUCCUUCCAGCAAAUUUUUGGCCUGAAGCGGUCGACUGUGUAAAACGCGCUUGUGGGGACAAGGGGAUAGGAUCAAGGACUGGCACUGGGCAUGAUAGCACAAUGACAACUUUGAAGGUGCCCACAGCGAUGGUCUUUGUGAGAGCGAAGGAUGGUAUCUCGCAUUCCGCAAAAGAGUGGAGCAGCAAAGAAGACUGUGCCGAGGGCGCACUCACGCUGGGUAAAGCAGUUUUGAACUUUGACGAACUACUAAAGCAAAAAAGUGCAUCAUGA